AUGGCCCAGCAAGCGCAGCCGCAGCAGGGUGAACGGUCGAUGAAUGCGAGAACGGGAAGGGAUAGACAGAGGUAUGGUCCAAAUGGCGAGAGGCUCGUGGCAGGCGUAGUGCCCCUCAACGCCGAGCGGAGCCAUGUAUUGAUGAUUCAGAGCUCGAGUAGAAAGGGCUGGGUAUUGCCCAAGGGAGGCUGGGAAACGGACGAGAAGACUUGUCAGGAAGCAGCCUGCCGAGAGGCCUGGGAAGAGGCUGGCAUCGAAUGUCGAAUUCAAAAAGACCUGGGCACGAUCGAGGAGAAGAGGAGCGAGGCGACCAUUAGAAAGCACGGGCUGAUGGCGCCCAAGGCGCUGUACCGCUUCUACGAAGUAACGGUCACUGUGGAGCGCGAUACUUGGCCCGAGCAAUACAAGAGAGAGCGAAAGUGGAUGUCGUAUCGGACGGCGAGAGAGCUAUUGCAAGACCGACCAGAGCUGUCGGAGGCGCUCGACAGAUGCAGCAUCAUCCGAUAG